UGCAGUGAACACUCUCCUGUGUUUUCUGUCAAUCACCAUGGUUGACUUUGGGGAGAUUCUUGAAGCCUUAGGAGGCUUUGGGGUUUUCCAAAAGGUUCUCCUUUUUGCACUGUGCUUCCCGAACCUCAUACUGCCUUUUCAUUUUGCCAGCGUCCUCUUCAACAAUGCCAACACCAGCCACCAUUGCAACACAAAUUGGAUUCUACAGGUGGGUCCAAAUUUGUCAAAGGAAGAGCAGCUUCACCUGACUGUACCCAUACUCGAGGAUGGUUCCUUUAGUCCCUGUCUGAUGUACAAACCUGUGGAUCUGAAUCUCAGUGCUAUACAGGAAUAUGGCUUGAAUGAAACCUCUUCUUGCAUUGAUGGAUGGGUUCAUAAUGAUGCUAUGUACGACUCGACUAUUAUCACAGAUUUUGAUCUUGUUUGUGGCAAUGCAAAUUCACUUAGGGUUGCACAAACGGUAUUAAUGGCUGGAAUACUAGUUGGAGGUCUGCUCUUUGGCCCUCUUUCAGAAUCGUUGGGACGCAAACGGGCCACACAGAUUCCUGUGGUGCUCAUGCUCAUUUUCACAGUGGUGACUGGACUGGCUCCCUACUUUUAUGUGUAUGUCAUAUCCCAGUUUAUCAUUGGUAUCUGCUAUGGAGGAUUUCGGAUCAACUGUGUUAUCCUUGCCACUGAGUGGACUGGAACCGCUCAGAGAUCCUAUGGAUCCUGUUUGAGUCAGGUACUGUCAUCUCUGGGACAGGUCGUCUUUCUUGCCCUCAUAUAUUACUUGAGGGACUGGAGAAUGUGCCAGUUUAUAAUGGCCGCUCCUAUUGGAUUUGUGGUCCUCUACAUAUGGUUUAUUCCAGAAUCUGCUAGGUGGCUUCUUGACCGUGGUAGACCUGAAGAUGCGAAAGAGCUCAUUCAGAAGGCAGCUAAGAUCAACAAACGCACAAUUCCUGAGUCAUUAAUGGAGAAGGUCUUAUCAGAAAAACCUGCCGAAAGAGAGGGGAUAAAAAUCCUUUUUGCUUCACCUGUGCUCAGGAAAUAUUUUAUAAUUAUUAGCUUUGCAUGGGCGGCUUUAACCCAGGCAUACUACAGCCUCUCUCUGAAUGUGGGGAAGUUUGGCCUUAAUAUUUUCCUCACUCAGCUCAUAUUUGGCCUCUCUGAGUUGCCUGUCCACUUUGUAUGCAUAUGGUUGUUGGAAGCAGUUGGAAGGAAGGCAAGUCUUAUGGGAACUCUCCUAGUGGGAGGCCUUUUCUGUAUCCUGACUAUUGCAAUUCCGCAAGGCAAUUACAUAGCUGUCACUGCUCUUGCCACAUUUGGAAGACUUCUCAUGAACGGGGCAGGCAGUGUUACCAACGUUUAUAUUCAAGAACUGUUUCCCACCUCUAUCCGUCAGACGGCCACAGGACUUGGUGCCACAGCUGCUCGAGUAGGAAGUUUGUUGUCUCCUGUUCUGGGCAUGUUGGAGGUCUACCAUUAUUCCAUUCCCACUGUGGUGUUUAGCAGCUUAGCAAUAACAAGUGGGGCACUGGUCUUCAUGCUUCCUGAGACCAGAUGUACUGAACUGCCCGAUUCCGUAGAGGAGGCUGAAGGCAAACGGUAUUUGUACAGUACUACUACUGCAUUGUGUUGUUUAAAGUGGUUCUCAAACUUUUUCGGUGUAAGGCCCCCUUUGUGUAGAAUCCAUUGCUUUAUGGCCCCCCAAAUAAAGACUUAUAAUCUCAAACUUAGAAUUUUGAUUAAACGAAAAAUAUAUUCAGUUAUACAAUGCAGGAACAUAAAUUAUUUGGGUUUGUGGUCUUAUUUUUCUGAUGUUUGAUUGCAUAAAAUAUAUGAUAUAUUUUUGAUAUUUCAUAAAAUGCCACAAAAUCUGUAGCCCUCCUGGACCCCUAUUAGGGUCACCCAGUUUGAGAAUUGGUUUAAAUUUAAAGCUAUUUCUAUUACGUUUUAUUUUUAUUUAAAAAAGGUUUAAGGCGGGCAUAACACACUGGGUUUCUGCCAAUCUCAUAUUAAGGGGAAGGCUCAACUAAAGCACGUGCUAACCCAUUGUCAACAAAACACAGACAUCAGUUUCACUCAAUGCAUGAGGUUCAUGUUCGGCAUCUUUUAGCGCUGGGGCAGCUCCAUAUAUCAGUUUCAAACGAUCUCCAAAUACAGGGUUAUAUCCACCGCUUAUAUAACAUUAAUCAAUGCAGUGAACAAACAAACACCUGAUCAUCGCACACGUAUGCGCUCUCUCUCUCUCUUACAAGUGAAAGUGACAUUUGCACAUGCUCCUUCUCCUGCUCUCCUGUGGCCGCGUGUUUUUCCGGAAGAAUUGUCCAAUAAUGACUAAGAAAAGUUGUUGCGAAACAGUUUUGUAUGUUGGAAAAAACUUUCCAAAACCUGUACGAUCGCUGGGGGAGUGUAAGGAGCUCGUUUUUUGACAAGUUGACCAUGUUAUGCUUCGACUAAAACUUAUAAGUGCAAGCAAAUUUUAAAAAGAGAAUGACCCACAUUGAUAUUCAUUGCCAAUAAACACUGUAGUUUUAUAUAUUUCACUGGGACUUUAAAGGUUCCUUUUUGUGCCUUUUUGGGGUACAUAAAUGUACCCUAAGGACAAAGCUGUAUUGUACCAGAUAACAGUUAGGAGAAUAAAACAUUUAACUGUACCUUUGAAGGUACACUAUAGAGUACAAUAAUGCAACCAAAAAAGUUCAACAUUAUGUUGUUUUUGUAUACCUGUAAAGGUUUAGAAAUGAAACCUUAGAGUACCACCCCAGCAGACAGUGCACCAUACCAAUGUCACACAUAUUGUAAAAAUGUAUUUAUUUGAGAGACAAAAUAUUUUUUUUUGUCAAAAUAAAUAACUGUAUAUCUGUAUUUACCCCAUGAAGGAAACCGAGGAUGUCAGCUAAGGAUUGGGAUGAAGUCAAUGCAACCAAAUUAUAAGGCCUUAACUUGUGUGAAGUUGUUUUUGUGUGUCUCAUUUUCUAUUAAACAUGUUUUUGUAUUGUU